CUUAGCGUCUGGAUUUGAAGUACACGGGCCUGGUUACUAAAGUAGCAGUCACUGAGUCCGCGCAGGCCGAUCUCGUACAGGGUAAACCAGUCAACCAACUAGUAUUAUUUCAAUGAUUAGUGUAAGGCACUGCUGGUAGCUUUAGUUUCAGUAACGAGGCAGACUUUACUGUAUAGGCUCAAAUUCGCGGAGCUGGCACGUGCACGUUGAGGUCAGCACCAAGUCACUCAGUCCUAAGUGACUGCAGAAGAAAGAAGUUUAUAGAAAGUGCCCUCAGUCCUGGAUGAAAAGUUGCGUGACUUCAAUAUGACUUCAGAGAGUCAUUCAUGGCUAUUGUUAAGCCUUCUGAUUUUAACAAUCAGUCCUGGCCAAGGGCAACAACAGUAUUUUCGAGUGGAGCCCCGUAAUACAGAGGUGAUCGAAGGACAGGAAGCUAUACUUCAUUGUGAGGUGGAGAGACAAGCUGGGGCUGUACAGUGGAGCAAAGAUGGGUUCGUCUUGGGUUUUGAUCGUACAAUACCUGGCUACGGUAGGUACCGAAUGGCAGGUGAUCCGGAUCAAGGAGUUCAUAACUUAGUGAUUGAAAAUGCCCAGUUAGAAGAUGACGGAGAAUAUCAGUGUCAGGUAGGGCCAACUCCGGACAAUCAUGCUAUCCGUGCAAAUGCUCUACUCAUUGUGUUAUUACCACCCACUUCUGCGAACUUUAGUGACCACGUUAACGGCAGUACAAUAGAGAUUCACCAGUUUCAAUCCCUCAGUCUUACAUGCACUGUGACCGGUGGUAAGCCAGCAGCCGAGAUCAAAUGGUUCCGCAACGAUGUAGAGCUCAGACCAGAUGAUGUUGAAACUGAUACCGAAGAGGGGGAAAAUCAGAGAUUCAACACUAUCAGUACCAUCACACUAACUCCCAGCCCUGACGACAACAACGCCAUCUAUACAUGUCAGGCAGUUCAUCCUGCAUUGGUCCAACCGCUAAAAAGCUCCCUGAUACUUAGUGUCCUGUAUCCACCAGGACCACCAGCAAUUGAUGGAUUUCAAGAAAGUGAGACCGUACGUUCAGGCGAUACGCUAACAUUGUCAUGCAUAUCUAGAGGCGGGAAUCCUUUAGCCCAACUUGUCUGGUUUAAGAACGACCAGCAAAUUGAUUUUUCCUACACGACAAGUGGCCGAAAGUCAACUAACAAGCACACGUUUGUUGUAGACAAAUCCGAUAAUCACGCCAUCUAUCGGUGCGAGGCAUCAAAUAUCAUUAGUUCUCAACCUGCGAAUGCUCUUGUGAAACUAUCGGUUUUAUUUCCCCCUUCUGAGGUUGCCGUUAAUGGUCCGAAAGAAGCCAAACCAGGAGAGACAGUCACUAUGACUUGUUCGGCGAGUCGCAGUAAUCCAGCAGCUGAAAUCAACUGGUUGGUAGAUGGGCAGCGUGUGCAAGGAGCAAAUUAUAUUACACCCGAUCCCGACGGGGGGUGGACAACUAGGUCUAACAUUACUGUCAUCAUUAGGUCACAGGACCGAGGAUCAAAGAUAUUUCAAUGUUUUACUGUAAACAAAGAACUAGGAGAGACAAUGGUGGAAUCCCAUGUUCUGAGCAUUUUGUAUCCCCCUGACCCUCCUACCAUUCUUGGUUACACUGAAGGGAAGUCGAUUCGAGCUGGAGAGCUUCAGCGGAUAACGUGUGUUUGUAACGGCGGGAACCCUCUUCCUACUUUGAAGUGGUUCAGAGGAGAUCAAAAGGUAAAAUCAGUUACCUUGACGAACGGUAAUGUCGUCAACAGCGAAGUUUCUAUAGAAACCAAAGAAAGCGACAAUGGUGCAGAAUUCCGUUGCGAAGCUGAUAACUCAGCCACAGACGAACCUCUCGUCGCUAAGAUUAAACUGACUGUUUACUUUCCACCUUCUGGAGUGACCAUAAAAGUAAAACCCCAAAAUCCGAAAGCUGGUAAAAAAGUGAAGCUUAUUUGUGAAUCUGCCACUAGUAAUCCAGCUUCUAUCAUCACCUGGUGGCGUGACGGGUUUCUUAUUCAAGGUACACCAAAGGGCUUUUCGGAUGCCUCUCACGGUGGCAAGUCGACAAGAAACCAAUUACAAUUAAAUGUAACAUCAGAAGACAAUGGGGCACGGUACACUUGUCAAGCAACGAACGAAGUGUUAGAGAGAAGCGUACACAAUGCUGUUACUCUGAACGUAAUGUUAAACAAACGUCGUACUAAGCAAUCAUUAGAAGAUGGCCGAUCGUUCUUGACUGUCUACAAUGUGUCCCGAGAAGACUCAGGAGAGUUUGAAUGUGUGGCAAACAAUGAUAUUGGAGAGAAGGAUGUUAAAACCUCCCAUUUAGUGGUAAAACACAAACCCAUCAUUGACCGAUCGCCACCUCUAAGGAAGGCUGCCAGUGAAAAGGGUGAAACCGCUAAUAUUAUGUGCAGAGCCGAAGGGGCACCAAACAUUACUUUUACGUGGUCACGAGAGGGCGCCACCAUCGAUAGCGACACCAAACCCAAAAAAUACGAAACCGAAACGUUAAUGGUUGACUUAAUUACAUGGGAAAGCGUUCUCCAAGUAAAAGAUGUGAAAAGUCAUGACUAUGGGCUGUAUGAAUGUGUGGCCAGGAAUGAAUUAGGUUUCGAUAGCACGAAGAUUAAUCUGGAUUUAACAAGUCACCCUGAUCCACCUGUCGCUGUAAAAAUCUUGAAUGUCACUCAUAAUUCCGUGUUGCUGAGUUGGAUUCCUGGUUUUGAUGGAGGACACUCUCAGGCCUAUAGAAUUCGUUACAAGAAAACCGACUACGAGGCGUUCCAGUAUGCAGACGUGUAUCCUCCUAAUUCUACGAUGUAUACUGUUUCAGGGUUAGCUGCAGGUUUAGAGUAUACCUUUAGCAUUCAAGCGACUGCUAAUAUAAUUACAACGAGUUGGGCUUCAGCGAGUAUACAACAUUACAACGAGUUGGGCUUCAGCGAGUAUACAACUGACAUAUUAAAAGCUAAGACAUCAAGUGAAAUUCCCGCCAGCGGAACGGAGCGGGCAAUAACAGAAGUAUUGUCAGGGAAGGGAGAACUUCCUCAAAUAAUCAUCAUUUCUGUUUCGGUCGUUGGAACCCUUUUACUCGUACUCAACAUCAUUCUUGUCAUAUGUUUCGUUCGACGAAGAAGGAAAAAAAGAUUGGAAGAAGAAAGCGACCAAACGAGCAGCAAGGCUGCCACCAUUGAGAUGUAUGCUCCAAGUAGUUACAAUGAUACGGUGAACGGAGAAACGUUGAGUUCUACCUCUGAGAAAAGUGAAGCCUACUCCGAUGGACCGAGCACGGGAGAAUAUUCAGAAGAACAUACCAAUCCUGUACUUGCCACAUAUCUGAUUGACCAAGACAGAGAUUCUUAUAUGCCUGAUGGAACAAACCCUCACUAUUCUCCAUACAGUCGAUAUCAUCCAGAUGACAGACAACCAAAACUGUCAAGACCUCUACAUGAAAGUGAGGAUGACUUCUAUGUCGAUGCACUGAGAAGGAACGCUUAUAACCAAAAGUUGGGCGAAAAGGUUAGUUAUGGAAGAAGUGGCAACAUCGCACCUCCACUGCCACCUAACAGAACAACAGCUAGUGGAGGAGAAUCGUACAACAUUGCUCCUGAUGUGCGGUAUGUUCCAUUCCCUGUUUCUAGAGCUACCGGUAACACACCGAUUCUGAGCACCUUUAAUCCUCACGUUCCAGGAUAUAAUCCUAGCAACUACCGAGAUCAGAUCUCUGAUGGAAUCAUAAUGGAAGAACAAAUGCCUGGUCACUUAGUGUGAUGUACGUGGCUCGUGAGAGGUUCGCAUCUUGUUCCGAUCGGCUGCCGUAAGAAAGAGAACGUGUGAUAUAUAUUGAGUACCAACUUUUGUGUCAGUAUCUCCUAAACUAUUGAUACUCAAUACUUCGGGUAUAAAGUUAAAACGUAAAUUUCGUGUAAUGAUUUUUGGUACUAUUUAUAGAUACGGCUGUGAGAAAUGAGUUAAAUUAUUAAACAUUUCUGCAAAUAUAACAAAAAAAAAGAUGUUGUCAAUUGUGCGCGAGCAUACAGUUUAAGUCAAUGAAAAGAUCACGUGCUCAGAAACGUCUAUCCCGAAAUUAUUUAUGUGUUUGACUGUAUAAAACCUGUCACAUAACGUCAUACCUAGGUAAAUGGGUGUGACACUCCACACGUUCGAUUCAGUUAGAUAAACCUUCCCAGACGACUGUUCUCGUCAUAGCAGAAGCUUCAUGAAUGUGCCUUAUCCAGGAGCACUAAGAUAAGACGUUAACAGGAUCCAAGAUGGCUUCGCAAGAUGACAGAAAAUUAGGUCAAAAUGAGUGAUUGUAUGACAUGUUUGGUGCUCUUUCUAAAUACCCUUCGUAAGGUUUAACGUCCGCUUGAUUUUAUUAUCAUCUUAUCUGGAACGAUCUGGGUCUAGUUUAAAAAUGGUUUACAAAUAUUUGGUGUGUGUGUGUAUUAUGUUAUUUAAAAAAAGUAUAAUUUCUUUUAUGUAUUGUGACGGGACCAACGAUUGUCUGCACGAACAAGGUUGCUUUUGAAAUGAAUGGUUCUUCCCCGGAUAUGUAUAAGAGAAAGUAAAAAAAAAAACUUUUAAAUUUCAACUUUUAACAAAUUAAAGUAUUCAAAGAUAUGCUUCUCGUUAUAUACAUACAUUUAGUUAACUAUAUAAAUAUUCAUAUAUAUAUAUAUAUCCGUACAAAAAAGUGGCAUGUACGCUAUCCCGUUUAAUGAAAAGGCUUGACAUGUGUAUCUAGUCAAUCUAUUCCAAAGUCCUUUUUACUUGACUUACGAUGAAUAUAAGUGACUGUUAUAAAUAUAAACCAUUCAAACAAAACUUGUAUAUACCAUUAUUGUGAGUAACUUCGACGAAACUGCAAUAGACGGCCAAAAAUAACAACUAACAACCCUUUAUUAUUUAAUUUAUAAUAUUAUUGAUCGCGCCCCCUUUUGUGUGUAAUGUAGAUUACUAUUAUUGUAUAUUAAUACUCAGCUGUUCUCAAGU